CCGUGGUGCUGAGAUGCGCAGUGGGAGCUGUCCACGAUUGCUGGUGCUGAAAGAUCUGCUCAUCAAACUUGGGCCAUUUAGCUCAUUGAGUUGCUUCCUCAACUCUGAUGAAACACUCGGUUGCGAAGGAAUUCCCGCCCCCAUAGCAAGGUUAAUCCGUGAAAUCAUGGCCCAAUUGAACUUGUCUUGAGCAUAUCUAAUUUGCAGGAAGAGUAAAGAUGAAUUUAUUUUACUAUAUGAUCCACGGGUGCUUUAUAUUUCUAUUGCCAUAAACCAAUUGGAAUCCCAAGGACAUUGAGAAGUUAAAAAGGUCACUUUAGUAAAGUUCUUGUAAAAUUCUGAGCGGCCUUAAGCUCCGUGAUGACUGUAACUGGAAUUAUUUAAGGCGAUCUAGUCAUAAAAUAAAAUCACUUUGACGGUGGAAUCAUUUCUGGCGGAGUUAUGGAGAUCAGGAAAGAACAGCUGAAGAAAUUGGCAGGAGAUAGCUUGGGGCGCUUGCACAGGAUCCUGGAGAAACGUCAGAAUGUCGGCGAGACCAUCGAGCUGACAGAGGAGGGCCGCGCAGUCGGGGUGGACGAGAAGCAGAAGCCUCUCUGGGACUGCACUUGCUUCGGGCUGCCCAAGCGUUACAUCAUCGCCAUCAUGAGCGGCCUGGGAUUCUGCAUCUCGUUCGGGAUUCGCUGUAACCUGGGGGUGGCCAUCGUCAGCAUGGUCAACAACAAGACGGUCUACAGGGACGGGAAGCUGGUCAUGGAGGAAGCCACAUUUAACUGGGACCCAGAGACGGUGGGAAUGAUUCACGGAUCCUUCUUCUGGGGGUAUAUCGUUACGCAGAUCCCAGGCGGCUACAUUGCACAGAAAUUUGCUGCCAACAGAGUAUUCGGCUGGGCGAUUGUAGCUACAUCGUCGCUGAACAUGCUCAUUCCUUCAGCGGCAAAAGCCCACUACAGCUGUGUCAUAUUGGUCAGGAUCCUGCAGGGUCUGGUCGAGGGGGUGACAUAUCCAGCCUGCCAUGGGAUUUGGAGUAAGUGGGCACCUCCGCUAGAGCGAAGCCGGCUUGCCACCACCUCGUUCUGCGGUUCCUAUGCUGGAGCUGUUGUGGCCAUGCCCCUCGCGGGAGUCCUCGUCCAGUACUCAGGGUGGAGCUCGGUCUUCUAUGUCUACGGAAGCUUUGGCUUGGUAUGGUACGUGUUUUGGCUACUGGUGUCCUUCGAGAGUCCCGCCAAACACCCCACCAUUUCUGAGGAGGAGAAGACCUAUAUAGAGGAAGCCAUUGGAGAAGGUGCCAACCUUAUGAACCCUCUAGCGAAAUUCAAGGCGCCCUGGCGCAGGUUUUUCACCUCAAUGCCUGUCUACGCCAUCAUCGUGGCCAACUUCUGUCGCAGUUGGACCUUCUACCUGCUCCUGAUCAGCCAGCCGGCGUACUUUGAGGAAGUUUUUGGGUUUGAAAUCAGCAAGGUCGGCCUGUUGUCUGCUCUCCCCCAUCUCGUCAUGACAAUCAUCGUGCCCAUUGGCGGACAAAUCGCUGACUUCCUCCGAUCCAAGAACAUCAUGUCCACCACCAAUGUCCGGAAGCUGAUGAACUGUGGAGGUUUUGGAUUGGAAGCAACCUUUCUUCUAGUGGUGGGCUUCUCUCACGCUAAGAGCAUCGCCAUCUCCUUCCUUGUCCUAGCCGUGGGUUUCAGUGGAUUCGCUAUCUCAGGGUUCAAUGUCAACCAUCUGGACAUCGCUCCACGUUAUGCCAGUAUCCUGAUGGGACUGUCCAAUGGGGUUGGGACUCUUUCUGGGAUGGUCUGCCCUCUAAUUGUGGGAGCCAUGACAAAGCAUAAGACCCGGGAAGAAUGGCAGUACGUCUUCCUGAUCGCCUCGCUGGUGCACUACGGGGGAGUCAUCUUCUACGGCAUCUUUGCCUCAGGCGAGAAGCAAGCCUGGGCCGAGCCUGAGGAUCUCAGCGAGGAGAAGUGCGGCUUCAUCCACGAGGAUGAGUUAGCCAACGAGGCGGACGACAGCCUCCAAGGCUACGGCAGCUACGGGGCAACCGAGACCACCCAGGUCACCAACGGGGGCUGGGCCCGCGACUGGGACAGGAAGGAAGAGUUUGUUCAGGAGCAGGGCAAGGACGUGUACAUGUACGGCCACGCCCAGGACAGGGACUUACCUUGAGCGCAGAGCCGAGGACUGCCACUAAACCAAGCCCGGCCGGGAACCGGCUUAGUGCAGAGGCCAAUGUAGAAUAUCCUGUACAUAAAACAACCAACUGUUUAAAGGACAAAUUCUCCCUCCGAGGCAAGUGACGCUGAGGGUGUGUGGGUGUGUGUUGAGCUCAGAGGCUCUGCUUUGUGUGGGAGAUGGUGUGAGCAGCCCCUAGUGCACUGGGAGACUGUGAGUGAAUCCGUGAGCCCCAGCCCUGUGCCCUCUGUUACUCUCACUCUCAUUUUUGGUGGAUGGGGGGAAGUGGGAGGGGACUCACCUUUCACUUCAUUUAGCUGAGCUGGCCAACGUCCCUAGUCUGACUGUGCGUGGUGAGACCUCCGACUUUCUGGUGGAUUUCGCACUGUCUGUGUGCUUACAAGGUUACAGCUCCAUCACUGAGUAAUAGAUCCAACACUACGAUUAGCUACAACAGCGUCGCAAUGUGAUGACAUCAUAAGUCAUGGCUACCUCAUGGUACAGGCAUUGGAGGUUCGGUCCCAACUUGUGUGUGCUUGUGAGACAGUUUUUUAAUAAGACGUGUGUGGUCUUCUCAAGUACUCCAGGGGGUGAGGAUCAGACGAGGGAAAAGAGCAGAACACCACAGGGAACACAGCCCAUGAAUUGUCCUGGAUGGGAUCUCUCUCUCAUACACACACACACACACACACACACACACCUCACUCCCCUCUUGUCCUGAUGAGCCGGGGUCAGUGUAGUCUGGGGCAGCAAAGACAGGACCUGGUGCGGGCAGUUUUUCUGUAACUGGUAGAGCCGCUGCCCCAAAGCUCCAGUGACCUCGGUUUAAUCCUGACCUCAGGGGCUGUCUGUUUGCACUUUGUCACAUGACUGUGUGAGUUUCCUCCCAAAGGCGUGAAUCGGCCGCUAUAAAUUGUCCCAAAUGUUGACAUGAGGGUUACGGUCUGGGGGGAGAAAGAUGGGAAUACAGGGGGAAAAUAGAUUAGGUUUGGUGUGGGGAUCAGCAUGUACCAGGUAGGAUAAAGAGUGCUGAGCGACUCUAUCAACGUGACAAGGGUGGGGUCAUGAGCAGGUGGGUUGGGCAGUGGAGAGGAAGGGUGGGGUGGCUGGUAACCCGAGAUCAAUGCUGAACCUGCUCUACCACCCGAGUCUGGUCUCUCUACAGCAUCCAUUGAAGUGAGGCUGCCUUAAACACACACUGGCACACAGUGUGAGGGGCCAAUCAUCCAGCCUACCAGAAUCCCUUACCCCCUCCCCUCACCCACCAAACUUCCCACUGACCCAGCAAACUCCCGGUCCACCAAACCCUCCCUACUGUCCCACCAAAGGCCGACAAGCUCAGCCUUGUCACUUCCACCAUGUACACUCUCCAUCAUCACCCAAAAGUGGUCACCGACUAGAGCCCAGUCUCAGCCACACAGAUGUUCCAAACCCAGCCCUGUUCAUCCAUGGGCCAGGAGGGGCAGGUUGGUCCUUGGGUGGGAUGUGGGAACAGAUCUGGUCCCACCACUGGGAGACCCUGGACCUCAGACCUGCGCAGUUGUUCCAGCUGGGAGUUUAGUUCAACCACACACCUCCAAACCUUUCCGUUGCCCAGCGGUGGCAUGUCCGACAAGCCUGGUUCUGGCUGGAAGCCACGGAGACUGUCCAGUUCAAUCUAUGAUCCCUUUCCUUUCUUCUCGCUUUGGUGCAUGUUUGUACGUGUACAGGUGUGUGCAUGUGCACACAUGUGGUAUGAACAGGUGUAUCAGUUCAUGUUAGUUAUGUGUUUGCACACAUGAUUCUCUUCAAGUCACCUUCUUAGGUUUCACAGUUCCGAUCUGGAAAACUGGCCCCUUCGUUAGCCACCAUGGCCCAGCUAGCUCCUUUCUGGACCAAUAGCUUUCUCCCACACAGCUCCUGUGUGUCAUGGUAUGGAUGACCCAAUAGGUGACAGAGGUCAGAGUGUACAGUACAACCCCCACCUUUGCUCAAAUGAGAAUCAGAACACUAAAUGUUUUUAAAAUGUCAGAUGCUGGACAUCUAAAAUUAAUAUAGAAAAUGCCAGAAACACUCCACAGGUCAGGCAGCAUCCGUGGUAAGAAAAACAGAGUCAACGUUUCAGGCCUGGGACACUUCAUCUGACCUGCUGAGUGUUUCCAGCAUUUUUUAUUUGAUCAUGCUCAGCAGAGAUCAGUAACUGGACCUGGACCAGACUGCUGAACAUUAUACAGGCAUGCUGUAUUCUCCAGGUUCUCUAGCCCCGCAGGCUCCAAACUCCUAUCCCUGUCCCACCAUGUUCCUAACCACCUGUCCCACCAAACUCAACCACCUGUCCAAUCAAGACCAACCAUCUGUCCCACCAAACAUCUGACCACCUGUCUCUCCAAUCAUCCAACCACCUGUCCCAUCAAGACCAACCAUCUGUCCCACCAAACCUCCAACCACCUGUCUCAAACAUCGAACCAUCUGUCCCACCAAACCCAAUCACCUGUCCCAACAAACAUCUGACCACCUGUCUCACCAACCAUCGAAUCUCACGCCCCACCAAACAUCCAAACAUCUGUCACACCAAACCCUACAACCUGUCCCAUCAAAAAUCCAGCCACAAGUCCCACCAAUCUCAACUAGUCCAACUAAACAUCAAACCCCCGUCCCACUAAACUCAACUACCUGUCCCACCACACCCAGCCGCCUAUCCCAUUAAACAUCCAACCACCCCUGUCCCACCAAACUUAGCUACCUGUUCCACUAAACAUCCAACCCCCUGUUCCCAACAAGCUCCUGGUCUCCAGCUGCAGCAGACUUAAACUAGGAAAUCGCACUGGUGAAAUAACCCUUUAUCACUUCACUAAACACAGUCAUCCUUACUAGGUAAAGAAAGCAAAGGGAUUUCUCUUAUAAAACCAUGUGUUUGAUAGUGUUAAAUACAUUGAACAUGUGUUCAUGUUUUAAUGGUGAUAUGGGAUUCCCCCAAUAACUUUCAGUGUCAGAUUGGAGUGCUGCCCCUGGUGGUAUUGCUGAGCCCUGUCACCUUUAGGUCUCAAACCCCACUCCCCUACAAUGGGGACUCAGAGUCUGACAUAUUUUUAGAGGUUGUUCAGCGUACAGGAGGGUGAUGGACAUCUUUAGCGGUCGCUCAGGGUGUGGGGGAUGAGUCCUUUGAGAUUAUUAACAAUGUGGAGAGGCUGAGGGACAUCUUUACAGGUUGCACAGAGCGUGGGGUUGAGGGAAGUCUUUAGAGGUUGCUCAAGGUGUGCAGGGCAAAUGUGAAGAAAAUAUUUACUGUAGUGCAUUCCAAUGAGAUGAAUCCCAAGACCCCCUUUGUGGGACGGCCAAGAUUUCAGACGAUGGAGGAAGGAUACCAGCACUAGGAGCAGAGACCUCAGGAGAAUGACUGAAUCACAAACACUACAUUGUUACUCUUCAGCAGAGAAGAAUCAACUGACAAGGCCAUCAUCUCAACAAGUGACAUUCUCUGGCCUGUAUUAAAAAGGACUGCCCCUAUUUUAUUUGGGUCACUUCAUUAAAGGAUAUGAAAAUAAGGUAGAUAAACAGACAGGCAGACCAAAUAUAACCUGACUGACUGGAAGGACGAACACCAGAGACAGACUGACCUCUUUCUAUUCCCACUGGUAGAGAACGCUGGCUCCCCCUUAUCCUCCUCCUCAAUGUAGUUCGAGGUGAAGACCUGCUUGUACUGUGUAACCAAGUCUCCACCCAACCAAUAUCUCCAUCCUUCACAAAUCCUGAAUGCAGCAUCUCCCUUGUUGUUCCCCAAUCUCGAUAAGAAAAUUCAAAUAAAAAUAUCACACAAGGAAACUUCUUAAAAAUUAAUUUCUUGUUAUUACCUCAAAUAAUAGUCAACAGAUUGGCACAUGUCAGUGGACUAAUGUCACUCAUAUACAGUGGGCAAUCCAGUUCUGCCUCCAUAAAGCCAAUUGCAGGGGGAAUGGAUCUAUUCUCAAUGUUCAAAAGUCAGUUUAUUAUCAAAGUACAUAUAUAUACAACCCUGAGAUUCAUUUUUUUGUGGUAUACUCAAAAAAACAUAGAAUAAUACCCAUAACAAAACCAAUGAAAGACAACGCCAGCUUGGGUCUUCAACCAGUGUACAAGCUGUGCAAAUACAAAAAGAAAGAAAUAAUGAUAAUAAAUAAAUAAACAAUAAAUAUCAAGAACAUGAGAUGAAGCGUCCUUGAUAGUGAUUCACGGGUUGUGGGAACAUUUUAAUAAUGGGGCGAGUGAAGUUGAGUGAAGCUGUCCCCUUUGCUUCAAGAGCCUGAGGAGUUCCUGAAAAUGGCGGUGUAAGUUCUGAGGCUCCUGUACCUUCUUCCUGGUGGCAGCAAUGAGAAAAGAGUGAGAUGGUGUGGUGGGGGUCCCUGAUGAUGGAUGCUGCUUUCCUGCAACAGCGAUUCCUGGAGAUGUGCUCAAUGCUAGGGAGGGCUUAACCCGUGAUAGACUGGGCCGAAUGCACUACUUUUUGUAGGAUUUUCCGUUCGGGGCGUUGUUGUUUCCAUACCAGGCUGUGAUGCAGUCAGUCAGUGUACUUCCCACUGAACAUCUAUAGAAGUUCGUCAAAGUUUUAGAUGUCACACUCUAUCUGCGCAAACUCCUAAGGAAGUUGAAGCGCUGCUGUGCUUUCUUUGUGACAGCACAGUCAUAAGCGCUGGGCCUAGGCCAGGUCCUCCAAAAUAAUAACAACGAGGAAUUUAAAGUUGCUGACCCUCUCCACCUCCGAUCCUCCAAUCAGGAUUGGCUCAUUCCCUCUCACUUCCUUCUCCUGAAGUCAAUAAUCAGCUCCUUGGUCUUGCCGAUAUUGAAUGAGAGGUUGCUGUUGUGGCACCACUCGGCCAGAUUUUCAAUCUCUCUCCUAUAUGCUGAUUCAUCUCUGCACUUACAACAGUGGUGUCAUCAGCAAACUUAAAUGUAGGAUUGGAGCUGUGCUGAGCCACACAGUCAAAAGCGUAAAACAAGUAGAGCAGGGGGCUGUAUUCAAGAUUAUUCUCACUCUUUUUCCACGUUCCUUGAGGAGAAGUUUUCCCUGAUAGCAUGCGGAUUAUCAGCAUUUCUCCAGGCUGAGGAGAUUGACCAGGGUGCUGCAUAGAAUUUGAGGCCAUGUCUUACGAGGAUAUUUGAACAAGCUCGGGCUUUUCUCAUUAGAGUGUAGGAGGGUGAGUGUUGACUUGAUAGAGGUGUACAAGGUGAUAAGAGGCAUAUAUCAGGUAGACAAUCAAACUUUUUCCCAGGGCAGAAAUGACUAUUCCAAGGGAGCAUAGAUUUAAGGUGAUUGGAAGGAAGUAUUGAGGGGGACAUCAGAGGUAAAUAUUUAACACAAAGAGUGGUGGGUGCAUGGAACAUGGUACCAGGGUGAUGGUAGAGAUAGAUACAUCAGCGACAUUUAAGAGGAUCUUAGAAAAGCAUAUGGAUGAUAGAAAAAUGGAGGGUUGUGUGGAAGGGAAGGGUUAGAUUGAUAUUGGAUUAGGUUAAAAGGUUGACACAACAUCAUGGACUGAAGGACCUAUAUUGUUCUGUAAUAUUCUAUGUUCUAUGAAUUGGAAGAAAGAGCUAACCUCUCCUUAUUUCAGCUCCUUGAAGCCAACAGACUUAGCUCUGGAAUUCCUCUGGGCCGUGAAUCAAUUUGCCCAAGGAAUGUUACAAGCGUGCUGGGUCCAGAUUUAACCUAGAGCCUCUGGUGCUCAGUGAAAAUCCCCAGGCCUCAGAGCAAACUCAGGACAACCAUGGUCCAAGGGAGGUCAAUUGCUCAGCCUUCCGUUCAGCUGGCUGGAGUCUCUGGAUCUCAGCUCGGGAUAACUGCUUUCUCUAAGUCCACAGGAUGUAUAAUGCUGGGGGUUGUUCCAGUGUGUUCACCAGCACUAGUCCACCUUCUCGUCAACACACUGAUACUGCAUCACCCUCUCCAUAGAAAAUCCCAUGGCAGGGUGAGUGGGAAGGCAUAUGUUCCGCUGAAAUUCUUGGUGGGACUGGGAGAAUGGAGGGAGGAAGGAGGUUGGUUGACUGGGAUUUGAUGCAAGGGAAGAAUGUGAGCAGGUCUGGAUCUUUGGAUGAGAGGGGAGCAUGGAACUGGUAGUUCCAUUCAGGAAUGGGAAGUCCUGGAAUUCUGUGCAGGGGAAGAGAUCAGGAAGCACUUCCGUGCUCUGGAAUUUUCGAUAAGUGAAGGGAAUGAAGAAGUUCUCCAUUAAUAUAGGAAAAGAAAUGGAGGUUAAAUUCAUUGGUGUUGUAGAGAGGGGCAAAUGGAGAGAGCUUUGAUCCAUGAGAAUGUGGUGUAGAAAGGUCAACAGGGUCUGAAUUAGCAUCUGAAUAUGUGGUCAGGUGACUGGUUGUCCGUCAUAUCUGAUGAUGCUUAGACUUGUGCAGUUUAUGAUGAGAACUGCGUGAAGAAACCUGUGCAGGAGAGUUUUUGAAGCGGGAAAGCCAUAACCCUGGGGCAGUUCUACUCUCCUGACCUCGGAAGUCUAGGUCCAGGGUCAUCACAGCUGGUGUCUUCCCCGUUCGCGGUGGAUGACCAUGACUUGCUCUGUGCCUUGCCACGCACUUUGCUCUCCAAGACGUCUCGCAGAACCACCUUCCUGGCCUUUGGAGCUCACCACCAAUCUCACCUGCCCAGUCCGAUGAAGCUGACUUCACACGUCAGGACUGGCGUGCCUCUGUUCCUCUGGGCCAUGAGCCCCACCUGGAUUUGACCUGCCUGUCAAAGCGCCUUACCGGGAUGCGGCCACUGUCAGAUGCAAACAGCUACUUGGAGCCACAGGUGAGAGCUGCGUGUCCGGUGGGGACCAAAAGUGAGUGAGAAUGGACCCGACAAGCCCCUUCACCGGAGGUGCUACCCCUCCCUGGACACUCCAUAAACUCAUUGUGGUGAGGUGUAAGCUUCAGAAAAUUAUGUUCCUUGGGGAGACUUGACUGCAAAGCCCCUCCCUGCACUAAUUAUGACCGCGCUGGAGUCUUAUCACACCUGAGUCCUCCUCAGAGUAACUGAGGAGUGGUGGGGGAGUUUGAGGAAAGACACACAGACUGAGUCUCUGCAAGGCUGCUUACAAAAAGAUUUACGAUGACUCGGACAGAUAAAUAAUUCAAUCAGCCUGUCCUGGGAGAAGAUGCUUUAAUAUCAUUUUCACGUAUUACAGCCCCGAAGUCGAUGCACGCAAUAAAUUUUGAUGAGCUGCCCUUUGUUCUCUGCUGAUGGAGGACGAAGAUUGAAGCAGGGGUGCUACUCCCAAGAGCUCCAUAGAGCCUGUGAUUACAUCCACAAUUGAUGUCACGGAACAGCCCACAUCCAUAUGAUUUAUUGAUCCGAUCCUGAGAGCGCCCAUGUACAAAGCUGUUGCAAUACCUCUGGUCUCCUUGGGAUACCCUGCAAGGAGCUUCAGAGAUCUGCUUGGAGUUCAAAGUUUAGACCUUCAGUGAAUGAAGGUUCCCUUCACCGGACCUCUCCAACCUGCGCCCUGGCAACCUCACCAAUUAUUCUUUAUUGCAAUGUUUAUUUAAUUUAGUCAUGAUUGAAAUGCACAUGUUCACUUUUCACCUGAAGAGGGCAAAGGAGAGAGCUGAUUAAUAUCUGUGGGGAGUGCCAGAAAGGGAGUGUGAGGGAGCUGGAUUAACAUCAGUGGCGACACAGACAGUGACACAGGGUGCUGGGGGACAGGGGUCACUGAGGGAUGGUGUGAGGGAGCUGGAUUAACAUCACUGGAGGUACAGUCAGUGACAGGACACGGGGGGAGAGGGGUCACUGAGGGACGGUGUGACGGAGCUGGAUUAACAUCACUUGCGAGACAGACAGUGACACGGCGCUGGGAGAGAGGGGUCACUACAGGAUGAUGUCAGAGAGCUGAAUUAAUGUCAGUGGGGAUACAGUCGGUGACACAGGGAGCUGGGGGAGUGGGGUCACUGACAAAUGGUGUGAGAAGCUGGAUAAACGUCAGUGGGGAUACAGUCGGUGACACAGGGAGGUGGGGAGAGGGAGCUUACUAAGGGACGGUAUGAGAGCUGCAUGAAAUUAAAAUGGGCAGAUAGACAGACGGACAACUAGAUGAGCAGAUAUAUUUGCCUGUAUACAAAAUAAUGCAUCUGAUCAUGGUGGGUUAAUAGGGAAUAAAAUGAAGAAAAAGAUAAAGGAAGGAACCUCGGGCAAUAGAUACUGGGGUGGGUGAAUAUUUGACACUCUCUCCCCACAUUGUCUCCAGCGCCGACUCAUCAUUACUCCAGUUAACCGUGGAAAGAUAAAUUCCUGUUAAAGUUCCCCUAACAUGAUCGGCAGACCCUGAUAAGAGUUUAUGUUCUUUUAUUUCUCUCCGGAAGUUUAAAGUGGACUGUUUUGUUGUCUUCCACAUGAAGCGUUUGCAGCACAUCCCAGAAUGAAAUAGAAACAUAGUCCAGGAGUCGGAUAAACCAGGAUCUCAUCAGAUUGAGCAGAUGACAGAUUGCAGAAAACUACAAACUAAAUCCUCUAAUCCUGGGCUCAGGGGACGUGGGGAGGAGGCAGCUCCCAACCUGGAGUUGUUGAAAUGUAAUAUUGCCGUGCGCUGGAUAUAAAUUAUGGAGGAGGCUGAACUCGUGUUGAUGCAUUUUUCACAGUAAUGAAAGAGAAAGCCAACAGAUUUCUAACAACCACCCCGGAAUUGUGGUAGAUCUUCCGGAAUUUAGGUCAACCUCCAGGAUACCGUUCUGAGCGACAGCUGGAGAAAGAAACAGGAGGGGGCGGGUGUGAAAUUUCUGUUUUUUUUUUCACACACAUGUUAUUUGUUUUAUAAAUUAUCUAAGAGAUAGAAGUGAAUUGAUGUGGGCCCAACAUGUAUUCGGUGGUGUAACGAAUGGAUGAUUCUCUUGGCUAUUGUUAGUGUGAUAGUGAGAAAGUGAGAUUUGUUUCAUCAAGAUUCAAAAUCAUUUUUUUAUGUCAUUCAUCAGUGCACAAGUGUAAUGGAGAAUAAAAUGAUUGUUACUCCGAUCUCUCAUAAAAAAGCACAAUAGCCAUCAAGAACACAAUAAACAUAAGUACAUAUGAUUAGCUUAUACACAUAGACUAAUCGUGUACAUACCAUUAGCUUAUAUACAUAAACUGAUCGUACGCACAUUAAGAGGAAAUCUGCAGAUGCUGGAAAUCUGAACGCCCGAAAAUGUCGACUGUUUACUCUUUUCCAUUGGUGCUGCCUGGCCUGCUGAGUUCCGCCAGCAUUUUGUGUGCGUUAUAGGUACACUGAGCGUCUCGACGUUUCUCUGCAUAAGGUGACUCUGAAUGGAUAUGUUAAAGUAGUGGUGGUGGUUAGUGGUUAGUGGGCAGAGGUGUCGAUCGGCCUGAUGGAGUGGGGGAAGUAACUGUUUUUUUGAGUCUGGUGGUCCUGGCGUGGAUGCUGCCUGAUGGGGGUGGGACGAACAGUCCACCAGCAGGGUGGGUGGGAUCCUUGCUGGCCGUUUUCUGACACCUUUCUGUAUAUAUGUCCUUGAUGGUGGGUAGGCUGGUGCCAAUGAUGCAUUGAAUAGUUUUAAGUACCCGUUGUAGAGAACACCCCCCCC